ACAAAAUAUCUCAUAUCUACAUCAUCAUCAACACAACAAAAGGAUACGUUCGUAUACCAUGGAUUCGUCGGAAUUUAGACUGAGAAAAGAGCUCCAAGGCCAACUCCCGCCGCCUCUGGGAGUUUGUAAAGACUCGUGCACAAUCAAGAAACCACGCCCACCGAUCAUCAUUUACACAACGUCUCCGAAGAUAAUCCAUGUGAAACCUGAGGAGUUUAGGUCGCUGGUCCAACGCCUUACUGGCCCAUCCAAGAAUUCUGCCCGAAAGUCCCGUCCCAUUGAACCUUCCAAUCAAUAUUGUCAUGAAGAUCGCUGUGGAGCAUUGCCACAUGAUGAGAACGAUCUUGCGACCGGAGAAACAGGCCAAAGUAUAGAUACUACGGGCACAGUGCCGAUGGACCCAGCGUCCCAUAAUGUCUUCUCGAGUCUCUCGUCUAAUACAGAUUCCGUUGGGUUUUUGGAUGACUUUGGCCAAGAAUUUCAAGGCAACAAGGGUUUCAUUGAUGGGAGCUUCGGGUCGACCUCUAUCUCAUCUCAUGCGACUUUUCCUGGUCAAGCUUAUAUGGACAUUUUCAACAGUUUCUUUGACUUGUGAUAUGGUAAGAGAAUGUCUCUUAUUGGUUGUAUCUAUUGACACAUAAAAAAAGAGAGGGGGGUAGUCAUACUCUUACAUAUAUGCAUAAAUUUUCCUAUCAAAGGGAGAGCCAUAACUUAAAAUAUC